CGGCAAGAGAACUGACAGAUUGUGAUUAGAUUCAAAUAUUUUGAAAAUGCUAUGAAAACUGAAAACCAUGAAAACAAUUGCUAAUCAAGGAAACCGACAGGUUCAUGUCAAUACUCAAUUUGUGCCAUUUUGUGCUUUGUCAAAAUUACAGAUUUAUAAAGUAAAUUUUGUAUUUAGCAUUUAUAGUUUAUCUUCUAUUAUUUAUUGCGUUAUUGUGUUGGUACAAGAUAAUUUUAGCUGAAAUAAUAUUUAAACAAAAUGCCAGCUUUAUCCAGAAAAACUUUCGUUGUGCCUUCCAAUAAAAAAACUAAAUUUAAACCACCUGUAGCCUACAAGAAUAAUAUAUCAGACCUUAUAGAUCAUGACAGUAGUAAUACUAGAGAAAAAGAUAAGCAUACAAAAGCUCUGAAAUCCUUAGAAUGUGAUAAAAGUAAAACAUCAACCUUUCAGUUCAAGGAAGCCCAACUAAAACUACCUGAAAAAUUAACAGAUAUAGACAAUAGUUUUGAACAAAAUUCAGAUUUAAGUUUAAAUUUAUCCCAAGACAUUUUAAAUAGUGAAGGGGUUAAAGAACACUAUCUAUCAUUUUGGGAGAAUUCUUUAACACCCGACAUACUAAGCGACAUUAGUUUAUUUUCUCAGGAGUUUAGUACACCUAGAAAUAAAUCUAAUAAGGAAAAGUCUACUAGCUUGAACAAAAGCAAAAAAUCAGAAGUGAAAAAUAUAGCCAAAUGUAGUAAUCAAAAAUUAAAUAAGAGAGCCUUUACUCAGCUUAAAUCAAAAACUAAAAAUCAAACGGAUCUAUAUAGCAAAAUGUGUCUCAUUCACGAAUCAAGGAAUGUUGGCCUAUAUGUAUAUUGUGAUAAUUGUAACAAGCUACGAUAUUUGCCUAAUGUGAAGGACCCCUUGGAGUUACCAGCUACUUGGUUUUGUUGGAUGAAUUUGGACCCUAGCUAUAGUAAAUGCACUGAUAAGGAAGUAGAUAUAACUGAAGAAGAUGAAGAUUUCCUGAUUGAUAACUUAUAUAACAGUGGAAGUGUGGUAUGGGCGAAAAUAGAGGGUUACCCUUGGUGGCCAGCCAUGGUUGAAGAUGAUCCUGACAUAGAAGACUACUAUUGGUUAGAAGAGGGAAUCUUGGAACCAACUCAGUACCAUGUUACCUUCUUCGAUAAGAUUGAAGUAAGCCGAGCUUGGUUGAAAACAUCAUGUAUUAUUCCUUUCGAACGAAACAUUAACAAUCCACAGCUUGCAUUGCCAACUAAUAGUCAAUUUAGCAAUAGACUAAAAUUUUCUAUAAAACAGGCUGAAGAGGCUGUAAAAUUACCACUUCUUGAUAGAUUACGCAAGUAUAGUUUUAUCGAAAGGUACAAAAAACCAUUGAAAGUAGUAAGGAAAAAAAUACAGCAACAAAAACCUGUAGUUGCACAGAAACAACAGAAGUCAAAGGUGCGGAGAAGAAUUUUAGUUCCAGAUGAUUCUUCAAGUGAAGAGAUUUCGGAUGUUUUGCAUCAGGAGUAGGAAAAGAGUAGAAUAAAAUAUAUUAGAAUGAUUGCAGUAAUUUGCUAUUCAACUGCAACAGAAGACAUUCCAGAAAGAUUCUUGUUAUGAAUUCUCCUCUUCCUAUUAUUUUGUUGCCAUGAGUUUUUUAUACAGUGAGCACGUAAAGGUUGGAAUAAAUUCAUUUUUUCAUGAAUGGGCGACUUUGGAAAAAAAUCCCGAAACAGGUCAAUUUUUAUAUUUCAUUUACGACUUUUUGGCAUAGAUAUCAUAUUAGUGACGUCACCCAUCUGGAUGUAAUGACGUCGCCGAUGAUUUUUUUUAAUGAGAAUAGGGGAUGUGUGAUAGCUUAUUUGAAAGGUAAUUCAAUUCUCUAUUCAGUUUUAUAAACAUUAACAUAUUUAUUUAUAUUAUACAGUGUGCUCAAAAAAAAUUAUUUUAUUAAAAUAAUUGGCACAAAAAAAAGAAUGUGUUUAAUUUAUUUAAUUCAAAAUACAUUUUACUGCUAUCAGAAAACAGGAAAAAAUGUUUAUUUGACAAAUAAAUAUUGUUUUUUGCUUAAAUUCAAAAUUAAAGCUGCCACCCACCUGCCUCGUUGACAGUUUCAACAUUUAAUUUAAGCAAAAUGCAAUGAUUAUUUUUUAAAUAUACAUUUUUUCUGUUUUCUGAGAGUAUAAUGCAUUUUGAAUUAAUAAAUUACAUACAUUCUACUUUUCAUGUCAAUAUAUUUAAUUUAAAAAAAUGUUUUUGGACACCCUGUAUAAAUAAUUACGUUAAUGUUUAUAUUACUGAAUAGAGAAUUGAAUUACCUCUCAAAUGAGCUAUCACACAACCCCUAUUCUCAUUUAAAAAAUCAUCGAUGACGUCAUCACAUCCAGAUGGGUGGCGCCACUAGUAUGAUAUAUAUGCCAAAACCUCAUAAUUUUAAAAUAAAAAUUGACUUGUUUCGGGAUUUUUUUCCAAAAUCGCCCAUUCAUGAAAAAAUAAAUUUAUUCCAACCUUUACGUGCUCUCUGUAUACUGUUCUAUGUAUUUCAGUAUUAUUUUAGUGUAAGAUACUAAAAGUUUAAUUUUUAAUGUAUAUUACUUAUAAAUUUUUCAAUUUUUUUUACUUAUCUUGCUUAACUUUGUUGCUGGUAACACAAAACAAUUGUUAUUUAACUUGUUUUAUUGCCAUUUUUUGAUGAAAUGUUACCUUUUUUCUGAAACCCAAGAUCAACAUUAUACGAAAACAUUAUUGUUCUGAAGCUAUUUCUUUGUAACAUCUAUGUAAUUUACUAUUCUAAUUGGGAAAUAAGCCACAACUAUUUAACUUAAAAAAUGAUUUUAUUGAAAAAAUUGGAAAAAAUCCACUGACGUCGAAGUGGAAGUCGAAACGUCAAUAAAAUCAUUUUUAAGUUAAAUUGUGGCUUAUUUCCCAAUUAGCAUAGUAAAUUACCAAAAAAUUAGACUAAUUUGCAAAUUCAAGGUCAAAAAUUUAAUCAUAACUGUCUUUAAAGGAAAAAAUUUCUUUGGUAGAAUUAUUGUUAAGUAUGAAAGUAGCAAAUAAUUGUUUCUGAAUUAAAAGGUAACAUUAUUUGGUUAUUAGAAGUUCAAUGUGUUAAGUAGGGUUUCCUACAUCAAGUUUAAUUUGCUUUUUAAAUGCAACAGAAGGCAUUCCAGAAAGAUUCCUGUUCCUGUUAUUAAUUCUCCUCUUCCUAUUAUUUUUUCGCCAUGAGUUUUUUUUUCUAACAUUUAUUUCAGUAUUAUUUAAGUAAAAGAUACUAAAAGUUGUAUUUUUAUUGCAUAUUAAACUUCAGUCGAAUUUUGUUACUGAUCUUGCUUAACUUUGUUGUAGGUAACACAAAACAAUUGUUAUUUAACUUGUUUUAUUGCAAUUUUUAAUGAAAUGUUUCCUUUUUUCUGAAACCUAAGAUCAAAAUUAUACGAAAAUAAACUAAUUUACAAAUUCAAGGUCAAAAAUUUAAUCAUAACUCACAAGAAAAAAAUGUAUUUGGUAGAAUCACAUCUUGUUAAGUAUGAAAGUAACAAAUAAUUCUAUUUCUGAAUUAAAAAAUAACAUUGUUUGGCUAUUACAAGUUUAAUGUAUUAAGUAGGGUUUCCUAUAUUAAGGUCAAAAAAUUUUGUUAUAAUAUUAGGUACCAAAGUAUCACCAAAAAAUUUAAGAUUCUAGUUUGUAUUAAUUAAAUUAUGUUUUGAGUAGGUAAUAGAUAUUGUUCAGUUUUCAUAUUUAUUAAAAGUUUCAGUUCAAA